AUGGAUAAUGUUCAGACAUGUACACAAUCAAUUUGUCCUGAUCACCAGAACAAUAAUUGGACACUCGGCUUUAAGUCGCAGGCAUCGCCACAUCAGACAAUGUUGGAUGUUCUAAAUAUUUUCCACAGCUUGAAUGUAAGAUGGAAGAGAAUAGAUAACUAUAAUUUGAAAUGCCUGUGGUUACCUCUCAGAUCUAACGACGCCAUCAAGUUCGAAAUUCAGCUCUACAAAGCAACCGAAGAAUUCUACGUAGUGGACUUGCAACAACUAAGCGGAUCUCCGUUUCUCUUCCUUAAUAUAUGCGCAUCUUUUCGCGCUCUUGUGGUGUAG